AUGUCGACCAAAACCACUGUUGAGUCGCCGUUGGCGAACAUAACAUCCGAGAUCGAGGAACGUCAAUGCGAUCUGAUUAACCGUCAGCUGCAGCUGAAGAACAAAGUCAUUACGAUAGAACGCUCCAUCCCGGCUAUGAUGGCAUAUAACAUGUGGAAAGCAGAGCAAGAUUGUUAUGAUGGGUCAUACAACAAAGUACGAGAAAUCAUGAAUAUAUUCGCACCACAGUCAGAUCCUGCCGACAAACUCGUCGCCGAAUUGAAAAGUGUGGUCCACAGCCUCCACCAGGAAACGACACAGUUGCAUGAUAAGAUCAUAGAUGCGGAUGUGAAACUGGAGGAAACUGACAUGGAACUGGAAUCCUUAGAGCUGGCUAAUAAAGAAAUGGAAGAAAAAUUGGCAGAAUUGCGCAAUAAGAUACAGAAACGCAAAACACCUAGCCUACAUUCCAUUCAUUCCGAAGAUCUGAUAUGUCUGAAAAAAAUUCGUCAAUUCGCUGAAGAAGAAUUGAAAUUAAAAAAUUACAUCAGGGAGCUUGAAAGUAAAGAAUUCAUGUACAGGCGACAAAUGAGCAAGUUGCUGUGCUGCAAGAAAUGUCAGCGUGACAGUGAAAAAAUAGAAUUGAAGGAAACUGAUAAAAAGUUAUUCGGUUUAUUAGAAGAUUACACACGUAAUAAAUAUAUGACGAAGAAAAAAUGUCAAUGUCAAUUUGAAAAUAGGAAACGAAAGACUUGCUGCUCAUGUGCAACGUCGAUAACGUUAACUGCUUACGAAAAGGCAUCAGUUCAAACCUGCGAAAAAUUAUGUCCAUCGCUUUCAUGCUGUGUUCCAUUGGACCAUCGCGUAUCACGUACAACCGCGAAUAAAUCGCGUGAUUGUAUUUGUUGCAAAUCUUGCCGACGAGUUUCUUCAGCUGUAUUCAAAUCUAAAUCUCCAGAUGUACUUCAAGCAUCCAAACAAUUAACACAAUCUUCAGUGCCGUGUGAUCCCAGUAAAACAUGCGAUGAGUGUACGACUUCUUCUGCAUGCAAGCAAAUUAAUAUUUGCAGAUACGAUUGCGAAGAAAAACGCAAGCAUGAAUUAUGUAAUUGCAAUGUUAGAUCUUUAGAUGAGGCCUAUCAAUCAAUAUCUUCGGAAAUGAUGCAUUUGGAAUCAGAACUAGACAGCAACAGCGAUGAGGAGUUCAGCGAGUGCUGCUCCUGUUGCGAAGAUGAUUUAUUAUAGCAAUAUAAUUAAUGUUCGAACAUU